AUGAGCAUCUUUUCAAGAUUUAUCGAAGUUAAUCCUGCUCUGGAUAUUUAUUGCCUAUUUAUAGUUAACACACUCCGGAUGCCCCUGGAGUUGACCGGUCGUGUUACAAGGCCCAAACGUUCCAUAACGCGGCAUACGGCCCCGGCGGAUGACUUUCUGGGAUUGUCCUGGCAAGAAGAACGUGAGCUUCGCCGUGCUAUGUACGACUCUCUCAGGCCGCUCUCUCCUAAUAUUUUACCAGCCGAACGAAUUAGAGAGUUAAAUGUAGUCGCGACUUCGGCUUCACUAGAAUCAGCGUCUGCAGUCACCUUCGCCUCUCCAGUCCCUAGUUCAACUUCCAGCUCUGGCUUCGGU